AUGCCCAAUACCGUGGCCAUCUUCUCGAUAUUCACCAGUCUAGCCACGAUAUCUGUUGCCCUGAGACUGCUCACGAGACUGUGGGUGGUGAAGACGGCAGGAUGGGACGAUUGGUUGAUUGUGCUUGCGUUGUUGACGGACUAUGUCUUCUUCGCUUUUGCGAUACUUGAAACACACUACGGCCUUGGGAUCUCCCGAAACGACCUCACCCAGUCCCAAAUAACCCACCAGCUAAAAGCCUUCUACAUCACAAUCCCCUUCUACAACCUAACCCUCAGUUUCACCAAGAUUUCCAUGCUAGUCCUCUACCUCCGCCUCCUCCCUAUGGUGAGCAAGUACCGCCUCGCUGUGACUAUCAGUCUCUGCGUGAUCCCUCUCAUCGCGCUCUGGCUGGUGCUUAGCUCGUUUAUGUUUUGCAUCCCCGUGUCGGAUUUUUGGAGUCCUGUGUCCCAGCAGAGAUGUCUGCCAAAAGAGAUUUGGUUCCUCAAUGCCGCAUUGCAGAUUGUCACGGAUAUGUGGAUUGUUUUCUUGCCUAUGCCCGUGUUGGCGAGGUUGAAGUUGCCGCGACGACAGAAGGUUGCUGUUGUGCUGGUUUUUGGGUUGGGGAUUUUUGUCUGCAUAGUUAGCAUUGUUCGCAUCUCCGCCCUCACCGAGCUCACCUCCCACGACGACGACACGCGCUACAACUCCCCCGCCGCAAUUUGGUCCUUCAUCGAAGCAAAUGUCGCCAUCAUAUGCUCCAGUCUCCCGCCCCUUCGUCCCUUGAUCAUUCGUCUAAUCCCAUCGUCUCUGCUCACCCCCAGCGCCUCUGAGCAGGAACGGCCCGUCCAUCCGUACUCAUCUUUCGUGGGGAACGAUAACUCCUUGCAUUUCGGGAAUGGGGGUGCGGGAUAUGAAGUUAAUGUUACUGCUUUUGGACGGACUGGUGUACAGCAGAGGGGGUCAAAUUUGGAGCCAAGUUUGGAAGUGAGUCGUGAGCAGAGUCACGAAGGACAAAGUCAGAAGGAGGAUGGGGUGGGUUCUGCUACUACCGGUGAUACGGAUAGUGGGAUACAGGUGGUGAAGGAAUUACAAAUGGAUUCGGAUUUGAGGCGUUCUAAGGAGGGAGCAUAA